ACUUGAAUCUUUACCGCAAUUGCUUCAAUUCUUUUAAAAUCUCAAUCCAAAAAUGGUUUUCCUACUUUUCAAUCCUCCAUCUUCAACCCCAAUAUCUCUUAGUUUUAAAGUUUCCUCUUCAUUCAAACCCAAAAAAAUCUCAUCACCAGCUUCGUUUCCAAUUCCAACGGCGAAAACAAUUUCGGCAACGGAUAUAAUCAUCGAUUUCGGCAAACACAAAGGUAAGAUGCUCGGAACUCUCCCUUCCAAUUAUCUCCGAUGGGUUUCGAAGAACCUCCGUGCCGGCAAUUAUGAACGGUGGGCGAAGUUAGCUGAUCAAGUGCUCGAAGACCCAGUUUAUAAGGAUAGAAUCGAGUGGGAAUUUGCUGAGAAUGUUUUGAGUGGAAACAAUGCGAAAGGGAUUACGACUAACGAUGAGAGUUCGGUGUCGUUGUUGUUGGAAAUUAGUGAAAGAUUUGGUUGGGAUAACGAAGAUAAAGAUGGUUGGAGUAAAGUUAAGUUCGAGCUUCUUGGGACUAGUAAUGGCGGAAGGUUACCGAGAAUUGGGGGUAACAAUGGGGGAAACGACAAUGGAGGAAUUAGGGAAGGUAAAGAAGGGAAGAAAGUGAGAUGUGAAGAUGGGGUUUUAGGGGAUAAAAGGAUGGAGAGGAGGGAAAGGAUGAGGCUGAAGAAAGAAAGAGAGAAUAUACGGAAUAAGAAGAGUUGGGGUGGUUCUGGUGGUGACUGCGCCGGUGGUAAUGUUAGGUUGGAGAGGAAUCAAGGGUCUGGAAAAGAUCAGAUGGUGGAGAGUUUCAAUCGAUUUCCUGGUCGUGAAGCUCUCUUGAAGAAGGUACUAAAUAACCGUGGAGGAUUUUUGUGAUAUUUUCUAAAUUUAGUUGUAUUUUUGUGACCAUGGAAACUUAUUUGAGAAACAAUUCAGAACCAAUAUCGAAUUGAUAGAUUGAAAUACGAAUUUAAUGAAUUUAAUCGAUUUUUUUAAUUAAUUCAA